AUGUCGUCCUCCGCGGCGCCGCCGCUGCCGGCGAGUUACUGGGCGGGUCUCCCACAUCACGUCCUGUGGUCUGUCUUCACCGUGUUGGGACAGCGCGAGAUCCUCUCCGGCGCCGGGCUGGCGUGCGUCGCGUGGUGGCGAUUCGCGCGCGACGAGCCCGCCCUGUGGCGCCGGAUCAAUCUGACGGCUGCGCCGCCGGACGAGGAUGACACGGUGGAUGAUGAUAUUGACGACGAGUAUCUCAGCGACGAUGACGAGUACCUCGGCGACAACAACAACGAGAGCUUGUGCGAUGACCAUCCUGUCUCUGUCUGCCAGGAGAAAACACCCGCCAAGGUCUGCGACGAGUCAUCAGGAUGGAAAGCGAUGGCGCUGGCCGCCGUCCACCGCUGCGCCGGCCAGUGCGAGGCUUUCUGGGGCCGCGCUGACGACGACGUCUUGCUCUACCUCGCCGACAGGGCGUCAUCUAUGAAAAGCCUCCGUGUCACAUCACAUUACGAUGUGUCCUCUGAAGUGUUCGCUGAGGUGAUCAAGAAAUUCCCUCUGCUGGAGGAGCUCGAGCUAGUGCUCAAACCUGAGGCCUGGAACUACACAACCAAAUCAGGACAACCACCUACCAAUUCCUGGGUGGAGCUGUUCCAAUCCGCUUGUGAAGCUUGCAGCCAUCUGCACAGUUUCACCGUGCGCCGUGCCUGCAAAGUGACGCGCUCGGACACCUACUAUCUAAGGGAACGCAGCAGCCCAACACCUUUCUCAAUUCCAGUGAUGCACGGCCUACACUCCCUCGAGCUUUCUGAUGGCAGCUUCACCCAGGAUGUGGUGAUGCAGAUUGUCGACAAAUGCCCUGGUCUCGAGUCUCUCGACAUUAGCGAUGUGCCCAUAUACCGAUGGGAUGAAGAGCUGAGGAACAAGUGCUCUAGGAUAAAGGAUCUCAAACUUCAAGUUUCGUGUUAUUACGACACUGAUAGCGAUGAUAGCGAUUACUAUGAUAUCUCAUGA